AUAUUGAUUUUGAAUAAAGGAGUAUACUUUUGUAGAACAAUCUGGAGUUGGAAGGUCGUGUUGAAGAAGAAUCUUUUUAGUCUUAAAACCUAAACCCCCAAUUCGAUACUAAUCGUUUCUUGUUUCAUAAGAGACAAAACAGCAAACAGUUACAAGACGCAUCGAUUGUGGUUUGAUAUUUGUGACAAACCUUUUUUUCUUUUUUUAAUUUUCAUCCGGUUGAAUGAUCGAGUGUCUCCUGGGGUUCUUAAUUGAAUUGGGUGAUUGGAUUAGCCUUAGUUCGCCUUGCAGUUCAUCUUAAAACUGGAAGAAGUAUUGGAGGUUGAUGAGUCGCUGUGGACUUUGUGAUCAACUGGGUGUUGCGUGGAUUUUAGAUUUGGAUGUUCUUUGACGUACCCAGCACCAACUCUGCCAGUUUCUGCUUCAAUUCAAAUAAGCCAUGACUGAAAACAACAGAGAUUCGAAAAUGGCAGUAGAAACAAACACGGCUUUAAAAGAAGCUCUUUGUGCUCAACAGCGACUUCUGCAGAAACUUUACAAUGAGUUGGACGUAGAAAGGGAAGCCUCAGCUACUGCAGCUAGUGAAGCCUUAGCAAUGAUAUUGCGUCUUCAAGGAGAAAAAGCUUCUAUAAAGAUGGAAGCCGAGCAAUACAAAAGACUAGCAGAGGAGAAAAUGUAUCAUGCUGAGGAAUCUAUGGAAGUAUUUGAAGACUUUAUUCGCCAAAAAGAAAUGGAGAUUGCUUCCUUAGAUUACCAAGUUCAAGCCUAUAGGUACAAGCUAUCAUGCUUGGGGAUUGAAGAUAUUGGAGCCAAGGAGAUAAAAUAUCCCGAGAAUUUGUUACAGCUAAAUGAAACUUCAGUUGGGGAAUCAAACCCCGAGGGUCUCUUGAGGAGAAACUCUGCACCUCCAAAACUUCUGAAACUGGCUUAUGUGAAAAGGAAUAGGUCCAUGAGUCCGGAUUCUGAUAUGAUUCCAAAAAUAGUGGAGGAAAGUGGACAGGAGGAAGGAAGUCAUCAAAACUUGGAUUCCGAGAAACAAAUGGAUGGUUCAUUGUCUGUGGAUAUCAAUUCGUAUUGGGAUCAGAUUCGAAAGUUAGAUAAGAUAGUUGAAGAGAUGGCAGGAGAGCAAUUCCUUAGUUUGAGGGAUAGAUCCUCAAGAUCUUCCUCUGUUUUUUCUCAACUUAAUGAAUUGGAUCAAGCUCAAAUUCUCAAAAAGUCAGCGGAUGACGAGAUGCUUUCAGAUACUUGUUCAUUGAGUGUGCAUGAUGUCUUUGAAGUCCCUGAAACCAACGGAAAUCUUGCGAGUCAUGAGCAGGUGAAAGAUAAUGGGAUUUCAAUCUUGAAAAAUGAAAAGGAAGUUGGAAAACUAGUUACUUUCCCAGAAGAGGCUAUGAAAUCAUGCAACAAUGCUGAAACUGGUUUGUGUGAAAAAGGGUUACUGUUGAAACACAAAGAUAAGCAGGCGUUUUUCCCAAGAGAUGGUAUCAAUAUCAGCUGCCACAUGGCCGUUGAUCUGCCCGCCAUGGAUGUAGCUGACGCUCAAGGAUCAUCUGAACAGGUGAACACAACAGAGAUAACAGAGGGUGAGAGGGAAGAUGUAAGAUCACAAGAACAAGUUAGCACUACAGGAAGGGAAGAGGUGAUGAAAAUGUUAUAUGAGAUAAACGAGAAAUUAGAUUCAAUACAAUCUGAGAUUAGAAGUAAAAACACAAAAACCAAGGAAUCGUCUCCGAAAUACGACUUACCCAUGCUUCAACUUACGGAGGCGAUGCUGCAUUUUUGGCUGUGAUGUGAAUAAGCAACUUGUUCCUAAUUGAUGAGCUGGUGAGGAAAUUGAUGGUGCUUGAAGUAGUAGUUUUGGUUCUAACUAACUAAGAGGUGGUUUGGCAUGAUUUGAUUGGUUUGUAUAUUUGCAUAUAUACUUGUACAUACUUACAAAAUGUGUGUUGUGCUUGUAAAAGGUAUUUGGACUUGCAGUUGCAUUGAAUUCAAAGUUUAACUCGGUGGUGGUGGGAUUUGUCGCU